AUGCCUCGUACCGGUCCAUCCAAGUCCAAUGGCCUGACUAUCUCCCUUGAUGACUUCCAGCCUACAUAUCAACCAGGUGACGUCUUAAUUGGCCGCGUGACACUGUCAAACGCUCCUCUGCAAUCGAGCUCCGUCCGACUCAAGUUCUUCGGUCGUGCCAAGACCAAGUACACCGUCAAAACCUCCAAUGGCACCUCUAUUGAACGAGGUCGAGCAGGCUUCUUCGAAGUUGCUCAACAUCUCACAACUGAGACAGUCGCCGCAGAUGGCUCCCGCUCCUUUCCAUUCUCUGUCACCGUCCCCACCUCAUCCCAGCCAAACAUGUCAUCACGCGGCGACGAAUUUAAGCAUCACUCGGACUACCUCUCCACGCUCGACGUUGCCAAGAAAACCGUUGACGUUACGAAGCAUCCCUUGCCAUCGGUGAUGUACUAUCACGCCAAAUCAGAGAUGUCAGGCAAGACCUCCGAAGCAUACGUCGAAUAUGGCUUGCAUGCAAGUGUCGCUGGGAAGGAGGCGACUUUGCCAAUCUUCAUCCGUCAAAAGUCUUCAGCGGUCCCCAUAUUGGACCAUCACAUGAUGUAUAGGUCGAUCUUGCAGACUUUACAGACUCCUCGAUUGUUGGCUGAGCAUGCGGACAAGGAGCUCACCUUUCGACAGAAGUCGUCCCGCUUUUUCAAGCGCUCGAAGACUCCAAAAUACGUCUUUCAGGUCCGAAUCGAGACACCGAGUACCGUUCAACUAGAGCAUCCGAAUGCUGUACCCAUCAAGAUUGGUAUUGUGCCAGAUCUGCACUCCACACGCACCACUAUUUCCCUCGAUGCCCUCCCACCCGUGUACCUGAGCCAAUUCAAACUUCAACUCGAGCUCUGCGUAGACAUUCGAUGUCCUGGGACGUUCUGGGAUAGCGAAAACGACAAACACCACGACAUCGACAUUCCCAUUCUGUUUCCACAACGGAUGCUGAUCCCCACACUUGCACCAGAAGGAGAUGGAAAGCCGUUGACUUCGAGCUGGGGACUACAAGCUGUACCCACAACAACAACAGCCAACGGUCUCAGUCCUCAAGUGACGACGAACGGACCAGCAGAUGCCCGCACCACAAGAUCUGCAUCUUUCGCAUCCCAAGCAACCACGCUGCCGCCCCUACCCUCCCUUGCCACAUCGUCCAACACGCCCCUCGACAUCGGCAACACACUCUCAAUCUUCAUCGGUACCUCAGCAUGCACAACUCGUCAUUCGAAGCCACACCCGUUCAAGCGCCAACUCUACCCAUCAUUCAAGACUUACAACAUCCACCUCUACUACAAACUCAAGUGGAAGGCCACAAUCAGCUGCGCAGGCGAAGUCGAGGAGCUCAGCGGGACGAGUCCUUUGACAAUAUUAGCGCCGAGUGAGCAACAGGAAGAACAGAAGAUGAGAGAACUGGGCAUUGAAGGGAUGAAAAAGAACUACGAUGAUCUCAUGGCCGGUCUCGAGAGCGGGUUCUCAAUACUGGAGGGCAUAUUGCAGGUAGUGGGUAGUGUAUAG